UAUCUUCUGGGCACCUCGCUGGCCCGGCCCUGCAUCAGCGUGGCCCUGAUGGAGGUGGCGCGUCAAUACAAUGCCAAGUACCUGGCCCAUGGCGCCACCGGCAAGGGCAACGACCAGGUGCGCUUUGAGCUCUGCGCCUAUGCACUCAAGCCGGAUCUGAAGAUCAUCGCCCCGUGGCGCGACGUGGAGUUCUGUCGGCGCUUUCAGGGGCGCCAGGAUCUCAUAGCCUAUGCCCAGGCGAAUGGCAUUGAGGUGAGCGCCAAGCCGUCCACUCCCUGGAGCACCGAUGCCAAUAUCCUGCACAUUAGCUACGAGUCUGGUGUGCUGGAGAAUCCCAAUACGGUGGCACCGACCAGCCUCUACGAGAUGACCGUCGAUCCCUUGGUGGCAGCCCCCCGACAGCCCGUCCGUGUUGUCAUCCAUUUUGAGCACGGUCUGCCCACCAGUGUCGAGGACGUGGCCGGCAAGUUCGUCUAUCGCACACCCCUGGAGAUGCUGAAGUUCCUCAAUGUUGUGGGCGGCUCCUAUGGCAUCGGUCGCAUCGACAUUGUCGAGAAUCGCUACGUGGGACUCAAGUCACGUGGUGUCUACGAGACACCGGGCGGCACCAUCCUCUUCACGGCGCACCAGGAUCUGGAGGUAUUCGCCCUGGACCGCGAGGUGCUCCGCACCAAGCAGGUGCUGCGCGAUCGCAUGACCGACUAUGUGUACAAUGGCUUCUGGUUCAGUCCCGAGGCCAUCUAUGCCCGGCGCUGCAUUGAGCUGGCCGAGCAGCGGGUCUCGGGUCAGGUAACCAUUGAGCUGGCCCCCGGCUAUUGCCGUGCCAUUGCCCGCAAGGCCUCCGCGGCUGGCGGUUCGCUGUACAACGAGCAGCUCGUGUCGAUGGACGUGCAUGGCGGAUAUGUGCCACAGGAUGCGGGUGGCUUCAUAGCCAUCAAUGCGGUAAGGAUACGGGAGCAUGUGCGUGCCUUUGGACCGUAUGAAGUGGCCAAACAAUCGAAAUGAUUUUUGAUCUAAACAAAUGAAUGUGGAUUGAGGGAGAACUUUUCAUAAACCUCUCGUUUAUCUUGUACCGAAAACGAUGUCUUAAAUUCCAGCAGACUCUAUUUCUAUUCUAUGUAUUCCAUGGCACAUAUUCGUAUCCGUAUCUCUGUCUGUAGUUUGUAGUUUGGUUAUGUACAUAAUUUCCAUGGCAAUCAAUUCGUGUGUUUGUUUAAUAAAUCUGCAGUUCGACGAGA